ACCGGUCCAAGGAUGUGACGGCUCGUAGGUUUAACCAAAUAGUAAAUUCGUUAAAAAACCAGGGGCAAAACCGUAACAAGGGCAACGGAAGUUUCAGUUCGUAACAGACAGAACUACAACAAUUGCCUCAACAACCAACCCUUUUCUUCCCCAUUUAAAUAACCCAAAUCAAAUCAAUUCCACCCAUUCUUCAACAACAAUGGACGCCGAUGAGAGAUUAAUGGCUUUGAAGAAGGCGUAUGCGGAUAUUAUUCUGAACACGGAGAAAGAAGCAGCGAAGAGGAUUAUGGUGUCUGAACGGAAAGCUGUUCGGUUGGAGUACGAGCUUAAAGUUGCUAAAGAAGAUGCGGUUCAGAUGCUUAUGAGGGUUAAACAGAUGAUGGAUUGUAAGAUUAGUGAAGCAGCAGUGGCAUCCUGUACUCGAGAAAAGAAAAUCGAAGAACUCGAAGCGCAACUUCAAGAAGCCGAAGACAUAGUGAAAGACCUCAGGGAGGAAUUGAGAACAGUUGAAUCAGAAGUCGAGAGGUUUUCAAAAAUCAAAGACGUAAAGCAUACGGUACAAGUAGCCAAUGCACCAGCUCGUGAACCCGUUACAUACCGUUCCUUAGAAGUACAACCCAAUUCAUAUAUAGAUCAGACAAACAAAAACCAGAGAUUUUUUAGUUCGUUGUUCCCCUUAAAGAAAUCUUUAAUCGACAAUGGGGAUUUACCUUCUAUAAUAUCGAGAAGCAAAGAAACCGAGCUGUUCAGGAACGGGUGUACUCAAAGAAUCCGUGCAUGUGAACGUACCACACCUGACAUAAACAAAAACAUUAACGCUAAGUUGAUGUCGGCAGAAGAUGAAGUACCGGAGAAAGAACUAGUGUUGGAGGAAGUAAAGGAGAUAGAUUUAUCAGCUGAUAAUUCAUAUUUGACUUCUCCGGAUUCGGUCAAAAAUACGAAUGAUAUACCUGUUGAUGAAAACAUGGUAAGAACGUGCAAUCGUCAAAGUACAAGUGGAGAGGAAGUUAUGCCCGUGAGACAAGAAAAAGACGAAGUUGACCCACCGUUAAUGAGUACAGAGUCAAAGGUUUGUGCGACUGACGAGGUUCCAAGUCAACCUUUGCGUAAUAGAGUGAUCAAGUACACGUUCCAGAGAAAAAGGAAACGAGGUACUUUGAUUGAUGGAAGCGGCUCUAGUGAAAGGAGCCAUGAGAACCAAAUGGCUCAUGUGGGGUCCGUGAAGGGGGGCUUGAUUGGAGAAUCAACUCCGGAAAAGAUACGCCUCGAACAAGUUGCUCACCAGCUUAUAUCUUUAUUAGAUAACAAAUGCUGGUGAUGAACCGCGAGGAAGAAGUGGAUGGUGGCUUUCAAGUUUGACAUCACAGAUGGAGUUAGAUUUAUGAAAAACUUAUAACUUUACUGGCGGCGCGUGUACAAACCGUCGUUUAUGUAGUGUUCUUUACUGCUCAGAAUUUUUGACUUUGAACUUUUAGUUGGUUUUUUAAACCAUGAGUGUUGUUGCAGGAUGUUAAAUGCAAUCAUUGUAUCAUAUUCUCUUGUUCAAAAUGGAACGUAAAGGUAUCGCAUUCCUUUCUAGUUGAGCUUA